GGCGCUAACUCUGAUGUGCCUGGGAGUCACUCUCUUGUUGGUAAGAAGCCUGGCACAGCCGCUAUACCACAAGCGAGAGAAGUGCCGUGAAUUGACUCGAUAUGCGCACUCCUGCUUGGUUAAUACACCUGCAACGGGACUACCGGUCUAUAUCAAGGAUAAAUUCGAGGGCACAACGUUCAACAGUAAGGUUUUGGACUGCUAUUAUGAAAAUGCUGACUGGGCCAGCGCUCAACAUAUGUGCGAAGGCGUUAUGUCGCUGCAACUGAUAAUGACUUGCAUGAAAAAUACAAUGUUUGAAAUUCCAAUACCGUUACCAUACUACAAAUCCGACGUGAUUGACUUCGCCGACAAAGUCACUGAAUGUCUCGCCACGUUGCUGCACCAUCCAAUGCCUUAUGGCAGAAGCGCCGCUGAAGUGACCGAUGAACCGGAAUCUGAAUUCAGCCUGAUCCGCUGACGUCUUCUAUGAGAUUGUUCUAUUGGAGCAGUUCCCGUUCUUGGAUU